AUGAGAGCGGCUUUAUUCCAGAGGUUCAGAUGUGCCCUCUCCAAGCUGGGCACAAUGGGCAAGCGUCCGAAAUCCUCUUUCGCCCAGAACGAUGUUGCACAACUCACCGCCCUGUCCUCACCCCGUUUCUCCAAGCAAGGAAAAUCGCCCACAUUGAGUGAGCAGCUGAGCGCGGCGAACGACUUUGAAUCCACUGUCUACUUC